AUGGCAAACAAGUUUGGAUUAGGGUCUUUACCUCUAGAAUCUAAAAAUCACAUGAGUUCUACGUCGUUUAUAAACAAAGCGAAACCUUUUUUCGUGGAUCAAAUCGGAGACACCUUACAAGGGGAUAUCGAUAUGAACAAUUUCAAAAUAACUAAUUUAAAGUUUCCAGGAAACGAUAACGAUGCCGUGAACAAGAAAUAUUUACUGGAUCAAAUAAACGCAAUUCAAAUAGAUAAGGACCAUGUUGAAAAUAGAAUAAAUGACGUGAAAAGAUUCAUCAGACGAAAUAUUAAAAAUCUUGUGGACGAACCCAAACUACAACAAGAGUUAACGAGUUUGAAACGCCUUAUUCAAGUGGAUAAAACAAGUCAGUUGCAAAAUUUAAUAUCUAAAUUAGACGAUAAGAUUACGAAGGUAAAAAUAGACGUCCAACGUUUAAUAGAUAACCCAAAUGUAAACGAGGAUAGAUUGAAACGAAAACUAACCGCUUUGGAAAGAAAACUUGCAGAACUAGACAAGACCGCGGACAAAACCGAGGUACAAAAUUCGAUAUCCAAUUUGAACGAAAAGAUCGCGAAGCAAAAAUCAGAUGUUCAAGAUAUAAUUAACACACUUCCCAUUGACAAAGAUACUUUGAAACGACAAUUGUCUGCUUUGGAUACUAAAAUCACGGACGAAUUAGAAAAAGAAGUAGGUGUGAUUAAAAACUUUCUUCAAAAUAAAUUUCGAGAUGAUAUGAAAAAUUAUAUUAAAGAACAGGUCAAUCUUUUGGUAUCUAGAAUUCAUGACGAUUUUUUGAGACAAGAGAGAAAGUUGAGCAAAUUAGAAGCUAUUGUCACGGACAAAUCGUAUUAUUUCAAUUUACCAUUCGAAAGAAAAGAUCAAAUUUAUAAAUCAAACAAAUACGGAUUCAAAGCAGAAAUAAAAGUGGGUUCUCUCGCAUACGGAGAACCUAAAAACGUAUUCGAUAUCGGCGAAACGCAAGAGUUUUCUUUUCGAGGUAAUUGUCUGAUUCAAAUAGAGUUUCCCAUGAAGGUUAAAGUCAAUAAAGUAGUCUUCAAACAAACCGGUAAGGGCGUCAAACAUAUUUCAUUAUUCAAUGAUGGUAAUUUGGAAGAGAAUAUACGUUUGAUUGAUAAAAGGGAUCAGGAAAUUGAAACGAAAAAUGGUAAAUAUGUAGACACCUUUAAAAUGGAAGUAGAAAAUGAUAAGGAUAUCAUUGGAAUCAAAGAUUUGGAUAUAAUAUUGGAGACGGAAAAUCCACCAUUAACCAACAUUGUCAAAAUUCCACCAUCACUUAUAAUACCCGUAUACGUACCCGGACCAAUAGAAUCGAGCAGUCACGAGUUUUUACGAACAACAGACUUUGAAUACGUAAAACUGUAUUUUGUUUUAGGUGGAAAAUACACCUCGAUCGAUGUUCAUAAAAGUCAACAAGAAAGAGAGUUUAUAAUACAUUUAUCGUUUGCCGAAGGUUCCGACUCCAUCCUUGAAGGUGGUGGUUUUAUUUCUAGAGCCAAGAUAAACAUCGAAAAAGAAAAAAUAAUAUAUUCCUAUCAUCUUAAAGAGGACCAUACGAAAAAAGAAAUGUCUCAGUGUUUUAUCAAAUGCGUCAAUCGUGUUUUGAACAAAGAUUUAACGUGUAAAUUUCAAGAAUACAUCAACGGGUUUUCAAAAGCAAAUAGAAAAAGAGUGAUGACCUGUGCUAGAAUGAAUGAAUUCAACAAGAAAUUCAACACUUCGUUUCAAAUUUAUAAUCCCAAAAACAGACAUUUUCACCCCAGAGACGUUCACGAUGAAUUAGAUUGGGUUUUGUACUUACACAACUCGCAUUUCUGUUUGAUUAGAAGAAGCCAAAAAAGUUUGGGAAUUCAAGAAAUAGAAGACAAUUACGAACAGGUGUGGAAAACGUGUAGAGACGACAACGCAGUAACACAGGUUUCACCCCUCAAACUACACGUGCUUUCGAGUAUGAGUGAUGAUGCGUUAUUCGCUUGGGAUUGCGAAACGUAUUCAGAAAAAGAAACGCGAAGAGCAAUUCCUUAUGCCUGCACUUUAAUUAAUUUAGAAAAACUAAGGAAAAUGUUAAACAGAAUAAAUAAUCUCUUUCCAGAUUUAAAGCCGUCAGAUCCCAUUCCAGAAGAAUUUACAACAAACUCAUGA